AUGUUCUUAAAAGUGUUGAGAAAAUAUUCGAAGCUCGAUUUCCAUUUAUGACGAUUUGGCAAACUUUCAACCUUAGACAGACAUGUUUUCAUUAGUAGCACACAUUCAUGCACAACACUCGGUCGUUUAAAAGAAAAGCGAGAAAGUGUUCCCCAUUUGUCAGCAGUUUAAAUAAACAGUGCCAUUAAAUAUGAUUGAGGUCAGGCUUGAAACAACUAAAUAAGUAGUUUAAUAAUAUUUUUCGGAUUCUCUGAAUAAAAAUAAGUUUAUAGGAUAACUUUCGUACUAAUUCAGACAUAGGGAGGGAAACUGCCAAGUAACAAUUAUGGCAGUCAGGAGAACAAACUGUUACGAACAAGCACUAGCUUGCGACCAGUUUGAUAAAUUUUGCAAUGAGAACAAUCUCAAAGAUAUUUUGGUGCAUUACCAAAGCCUAUGCCGUACCUGCUCUCUGACCCCCACAAAUUUUCCAGAAUUUUUUGAUAAAAUUAAGUCACAAGUACCUUCCUGGAGAGCAAGUGAACUUUGGGCGAAAUUAGAAAAACGUGCAUGCCAUCCAACGUAUGGUAAAGGAAAAUUCUGUGCUGCAACAAGAGUUCUCAUAAUUGGUGGAGGUCCAUGCGGUCUUCGUAGCGCAAUUGAAGCACAACUUCUUGGUGCAAAAACCGUGUUAGUUGAGAAACGAACCAACUACACAAGAAACAACGUACUACACUUGUGGCCAUUCGCAAUAUCAGAUUUGCGCAAUCUGGGAGCAAAGCUAUUUUAUGGAAAAUUUUGUGCAGGUUCUAUUGACCACAUAAGUAUUCGACAACUCCAAUGUAUACUAUUAAAAAUUGCCUUGCUGCUUGGAGUUGAGAUACACUUUGGCGUUGCCUUUGAGAAGCUGUUAGAGCCGCAAUGUGAAAAUGAUAUCGGGUGGAAAGCGUCAGUAUCGCCUAAAGAUCAUCCAGUGUCUCAUUUCCACUUUGACGUCUUGAUCGGAGCCGAUGGACGGCGAAGUACCGUCCCGGGAUUUAAGAGAAAGGCACAUCGUGCAAAACUAGCCCUUGCCAUCACUGUCAACUUUGUUCAUAAUCAUACUCAGGCUGAAGCUAAGGUUCAAGAAAUUAGUGGCGUUAACUACAUUUUCAAGCAACAAUUUUUUCAAGAACUUGACCAAGCCAUGGGCAUAGCUUUGGAAAACAUUGUGUACUAUAAAAAUGAAACUCAUUACUUCGUAAUGACCCCAACCAAGCAAAGUUUGCUAGAAAAAGGUGUCCUUUUCCAGGAUUUUUCUGAUCCUGAGCAGCUACUUUCUCCAGAAAAUAUCGACCUAGAGGCCCUACAGCUUUUCACAAUGCAAGCUGUUGUAUUUGCAACAAAUAAUCAACUUCCUAACCUCCAAUUUGCCACCAACUCUCGAGGAGGACCUGACGUUGCGUUAUUUGACUUUACUACAAUGUAUGCAUCGGAAACUUCGUGCAGAGCAAUAGAGCGGAAAGGUGGCAAUAAAUUGCUAGUCGCACUUGUUGGAGAUUCUUUACUGGAGCCCUUCUGGCCUUUAGGUCUUGGGAUUUCAAGGGGUUUCCUGGCCUCGUAUGACGCUGCAUGGAUGAUUCGUAGCUGGGGCAAAGGCAGGGCUUCGGUUUGCGAAGUCCUCGCUGAACGAGAGUCAAUUUAUCGCAUGUUGCCUCAAACGACUCACGAGAACUUGAAUAAAGAUUAUGAUAAAUAUUCCAUUGAUCCCAGUUCUCGAUACACGAAAAUUAACUUCAACUCGGUCGGAGCACGCCAAGUGAGAAAUUUAUUUGACUCGGAUGAAGACGUAAAGGAUAUUUUUCUAUCUAUUCGGGACUCGAGAAAAUGUCGCAAAGUUUCAGAAACUGUGAUUUCAUUCUGGUUCAAAGAGCAACUGUCAAAGUUGGGAAUCACUAUCCACUCAUUAUUGGAUAUAUUUACCAACGGUGAUGCCUUAUUAGCAAUUAUUCAACUAUACCGAAGCGAUCUAGUCGACUACUACACUCUGCAUCAAGCAAAUCAGAAGGAUAAUAAUUUAAUUUGGAAAAAUAAUGAAUGCGCUUUCGAUAUUUUAAGAGAUGAGUACAACAUUCCUACAAUAAUUGAUGGUGAAAGUUCCAUGAAUGUGACUGAAGCACAUUUACCGCAACUGGUUCAAUAUUUGUCUCAAGUUUACAAUGCGUUUAGUGGAGAAAUUCCAAAACCUACAGAAUUCAAACAGGAAUUUGUCAAGGAAGCGUCUCCCCCCCAGCCCAACAAUUCUACUUUCCACCACACUCUCUCAAUUAAGCAAUUCCUCGAUGCAAAGGAUCAACUAGAAAAGAAGAAAGUUUUAGAUGAAGCAAAAUUCAAACAACGCUCACAACUGUACGAGUCGAUGAUGCAAGCAGAAAAGCAAAAUAAUUAUAAUCAAGAUGCUGAUGAAGAAAGGUCAACGUGCAGACCUGCAAGCAUUCCCACGCUAAAAUUAAAUCCUGCAGUUGCUGCAGCAGACCUAUUUUCAGCCUGUAGAAAUGGGAGCAAUCGUGAAAAAUCAUCAAACCCUAAAAUCCCUUCAGAUACAAUGUCCAUGAUUAAAUUGGCACGUUCAAGGUCUGACGUGGGGUACAGUAAAAAUGGCGGAUUUGGAAAUUCGUCACAGAUUCAACCUUCAUCAUCAUCCACUUUCCAACAGAGGCCAAAAAAUAAGCGCUCAGAGUUGGAGGAGGUGCAGUUGAGAAUAAGAAAAUCGAAGACAACCCCGUUUGGUGAAAUUGUCAGUACAACAUUUCUUCUGGGGAAGCAUAUUAAUCAAAACUCAGGUUGUUUAAGUAAUGAAGAGUCUGAUGAGAAUCCAUUAUCAUGCGAACGAAGAAGGCUCUUAAGGCGGACAAGGUCGAGAAGUGCGUAUCAGAAUCUUAAUGAUCAGGCGCAGGCCACGACGUAUUACAAUGAUGGAGAUGAAGAAGACGAAGAUCAAGAGAAUGUGGACGAAGGGCGGCGGAGCACUAAUCCUUUUUUUAACAACCAUGAACAAGAUCCCGGCUUUUCAGAACGAUGCAAAUUUUUGGAGAAAAGUCUUUACAACUCGGGAAGAGAAAUCAAAGUGCACAUUGGGGCGGCGUGGUCCCAAAAAGGCAACUCGGACUCUACCAAGAAGAAAAACAAUCCCUGUCCUCCUCCUGGUACAGCUAUUCCUCUGAAAAAAUCUCAGAGUUCCGGCUUGACUACCGGAUUUGAUCCAUUAAGUUCCUUUAAAAGAGGAAGCUCCUUUAAUGUGAGGAAUAAGAUGGCGGUGGUGGAGGAAUCCUUGAGCAGCAGUAGAGAGGAGGAGGAGGAGGAUGAGAGAGUUGGGGUCGACAAAGGAGAAAAGGAGUCUAAUCCUAAGGCUUUAUUCCUGGAGAGGAGGCUGACUGAGAUGAGAGCAACCCAUCCAGAAUGGAGGUCAGAUGAAAAAAUCCCGUCAGCACAACACAAAAAUGACCACAACUCCCAUCACCAUCACUUUCACUCCAGCCAGCAACGCCGGCAACAGAGUGGAACCGCUGCCGCCGCCGCUGCUGUUCGCAACCCGGACCUAGAAAGAGGGCCCGGCAACAUGAGAGAAAAGUCGCAAAGGGAGGGAAAAAAAUCCAGCGGCACUUCUUCUGCAGUUGACAGUGAUUUAGAUUGUUUCUUGAACGCCAUCGACUUUGAACGUAUUGAUGGCCAAGAUCUGCAGGAACUUUUGUCAUCCUAUUAAAUGAAGAACUAUAUUACAAAACCAUCACACUCUUUUAGCGAAUAUGAGCAAUCAAGGCAACUCGCCGCACUUUCUACUUACUUAGUUAUAGUUUCUUAAUAAAACUUUAACACAAUAAUAAAACACACGGUCUAAGGUUGUUA